UAUUACACAGCACACAAGGGUAACAGAGAUCAUGGCCGGGAGACAGAUGCAUGCUGUCUGGGUUGCAGCGGUUCUGGUCAGCUCAGGUGUGAUCGCACAGCAGGUGGACAUGAGCAACGCAUCUCUGAAAGAAAUUCCUGAAGCGAAACCUACAAACAUCACCGAAUGGAUCCUGAGCCAUAACUUACUUGAGAUGUCUCCCUCGGAUAUAAACACCUUACAGAAAUAUCGCAAGAUUCGGGUGCUAGACCUUUCUUAUAACUACAUACAGACGCUGCCUCCUGGAGCUUUUGACAAACUCACAAACCUAGAGAUUCUUAAACUGAGAGGAAAUAGACUGCAAACCCUUGACAAAGACGUCUUUAAAGGACUGAGAAAACUGAAGAGUUUGAAUCUGAAGGACAACCCGUGGAACUGCUCCUGCUCGCUCACAAACCUCAUCAAAGAGCUGAAAGACUCUGGCGUAUCAAUAGGGAAAGAAGUCACUUGUUACACCCCCCAGAGAACAGCUGUGCUCGAUGGAAACCCCAACUGUUCAAUUCAAGUGAAAACAUCUGUGGAGAAAUCUACAGCUCCAACAACAAAAGCCAGAUCAACACCAACACCACCGCCCACCACAGAGCCAAGCAACAGCAGUCACGUCAACAGCUCCAGCAAAGGGUUCAUGGCGAGUGAUGGUAAGACACCAACAGGAAGCCACAGCUGGAAGUUCCUGCUCGGCGUAGUGGCUCUAACCCUCAGCACCUCCGUGCUCAUCGUAUGCGCUGUCAAAUCUCCCUCUUGGUACAAACUUCUAUUUAAUUAUCGGCACCAAAGGCUCCAGGAGGACGUCGAGCACAGCGUCUUCAACACCGGCCGCUUUUCGAACUUCAGUCUGGACACAGAACAGACGGAGACGAGCGCUCAGGAGCUGGACGAGGGCCUGGACACUGGACUGAGCUUGCAGCCUUUUGAGGAUGACGAUGGCUUUAUAGAGGAUGGUUACAUUGAGCCGGGGAACUACAAAGAUCACGCGGAUGGUAACGAGUCGUGAGUGAGAUCUCCGGCAGGAGGAGGAACGGGGUGUGCAAAUGGGCAGAAAAAUGAAGCUAUAAGCUCUUGCAUUACAGUGUGAGGAUCUUUUAUUUCCAGUGCAGUUGUGACUUAUGAAAAAGCCAUUAAAAUAUGCAACCCAAAGAUCACUGAACUGCAACUGCAAAUGCACACAUCUUAGCGUGUUAAAAGGCUGUAUUUAAAUGUUGUCAAUGCACGUAAUCAUAAAGUAAUUCAAAUUCUUAUAGAUCACACUUUUUAAAGUUUCAUUCUCAGCGAUGUAUGCAAUAUUUUAUCCCUAGUACCAUAAAAAAUAUCCAGGAAGGAAACUGAUUGCAUGUUGCUUUUCUGCAAUACGUAGAACCAUUUAAAAAGAAGCUCUGGCAUGACUGAACUGAAAACCAGUCAUACUCGUGCACCUCCAUGCUGACGAGGAGAUUUAGAAACAUUUCACAGGGCAGCUGCUGCCCUCUUGUGCACAAACUCUGCAAAACAUUUCCUUGUGAAAAAACAGACCUACUUACUC